GCUGGCUUCCCCAGCCCCAACAUGCGCGAGGCAGCCUCCAUGUACGGCACAGCGGUGGCCGUCUUCCUGGUCAUCCUGGUGGCCGCUCUGCAGGGCUCGGCACCCCAUGAGAGCUCCCUCCCUUACCGCGUUCCCCUGGACCCCCAGGGCACCUUGGAGCUGUCGUGGAACGUGAGCUAUGCCCAGGAGACCGUCCAUUUUCAGCUGCUGGUGCGGGGCCUGCAGGCCGGGGUCCUGUUCGGGAUGUCCGACCGUGGCGAGCUGCAGAACGCCGACGUGGUGGUGCUCUGGACCGACGGAGACCACGCCUACUUCGCCGACGCCUGGACGGAUGCAAAGGGGCAGGUGCACCUAGACGCCCAACAGGACUACCAGCUGCUGUGGGCUCACCGGACCUCGGAUGGCCUGGCCCUGCUCUUCAGACGGCCCUUCAGUACCUGCGACCCCAAGGACUACCUCAUCGAGGACGGCACGGUGCACCUGGUCUAUGGCAUCUUGGAGCAGCCGUUGAGGUCACUAGAGGCCAUCAAUGCCUCCAGCCUGCGCACAGGGCUGCAGAGGGUCCAGCUGCUGAAGCCCGAGCUUCCCCAGCCGGCCCUGCCCCCCGACACGCACACGAUGGAGGUCCGAGCCCCUCACGUGCUCAUCCCCGACCAGGAGACCACCUAUUGGUGCUACAUGGCAGAGCUGCCUCGCGGCUUUGCCCGACACCACAUCGUCAUGUACGAGCCGAUCAUCAGCGAGGGCAACGAGGCCCUGGUGCACCACAUGGAGGUGUUCCAGUGUAGCGCCGAGUUCGAGAGCUUUCCUCACUUCAGUGGACCCUGUGACUCCAAGAUGAAGCCGGAACGGCUCAACUACUGCCGCCACGUGCUGGCCGCCUGGGCCCUGGGUGCCAAGGCGUUUUACUACCCAGAGGAAGCUGGUCUUGCCUUCGGGGGCCCCGGCUCCUCCCGAUACCUGCGCCUGGAGGUUCACUACCACAACCCACUGAGGAUCGAAGGCCGCCGUGACUCCUCGGGCAUCCGCCUGUACUACACGGCCACGCUGAGGCGCUUCGAUGCUGGCAUCAUGGAGCUGGGCCUCGUGUACACGCCCGUGAUGGCCAUUCCGCCCGGGGAGACAGAUUUCAUGCUGACCGGCUACUGUACGGACAAGUGCACCCAGCUGGCGCUGCCGCCCGCUGGCAUCCACAUCUUCGCCUCGCAGCUGCACACACACCUCACUGGGAGGAGGGUGGUCACCGUGCUGGCCCGGGGCGGCCGCGAGAGGCAGAUCGUAAACCGGGACAACCACUACAGCCCCCACUUCCAGGAGAUCCGCAUGCUCAAGAAGGUGGUGACCGUGUACCCAGGAGACGUGCUUCUGACCUCCUGUACCUACAACACGGAAGACCGGGAGCGGGCCACCGUGGGCGGCUUCGGGAUCCUGGAGGAGAUGUGCGUCAACUACGUCCACUACUACCCGCAGACGCAGCUGGAGCUCUGCAAGAGCGCCGUGGACGCUGGCUCCCUGCAGAAGUACUUUCACCUGGUGAACAGGUUCAACAGCGAGGAUGUGUGCACCUGUCCCCAGGCCUCCGUCCCACAGCAGUUCGCCUCCGUGCCCUGGAACUCCUUUGACCGCGAUGUGCUCAAGGCCCUCUAUGGCUUUGCGCCCAUCUCCAUGCACUGUAACAAGUCCACGGCCGUUCGCUUCCAGGGAGAAUGGGAUCAGCAGCCCCUGCCGGAGAUCACAUCCAGGCUGCCGGAGCCCACGCCACACUGCCCAGCCCGCGCAGGACACGGCCCCGCUGGCCCCACCGUGGUCAGCAUCGGAGGAGGCAAAGGCUGA